AUGAGUGAGGCAGGAGAGGCCACCCUCAAGGAGGUAGCCACCUCAGUCUUCCCUCAAGCCGCGCAGAAAGAUCCGUCGUCCUUGGGAGGUGGAGAUUUUCUCCAGGCCCUAGUCACCAGCAGCCUCAGCGGAGACUCCAUCCCUGAGGCCACCGAAGCAGCUGGAGCCAAGAGUCAAGCGCCCAAGACAGUCGUCGCCAAGAGGGUGAGUGGAUCCGUCAAGUGGUUCAAUGUGAAGAACGGGUACGGUUUCAUCAACAGGCAUGACACCCAGGAAGAUGUGUUCGUUCACCAGACAGCCAUCACCCGGAACAACCCCCACGAGUAUCAGCGCAGCGUGGGCGAUGGCGAGACUGUUGAGUUCGACGUGGUGCAGGGCAAGCAGGCACCGAGGCUGCUAACCUGUCGCGCGCCACAGCAUCGCGGUGCCAGAGGCGCUGAGGAGAAUGUUGACGACGGCGUGGGCAGCAGAGAAGACUUCGCCUUAGCCCAGGGCCAGAGGCGCCGCCUGCCCAGCCGCCCCCGAGGCCAAGGGCUGCGGCGCUUUCCGCCCUUCCGCAGGGCCGCGGCGGUGACCUGCCGCCCUUCUCUCGUUGUUCCCGCCAGAGGCCCGCGGGCCGCCCAGCUGUCUGGGUCAGGCCCAGCCGUAAGGCUCGAGGGCUCGACGCCACGCCGAGGGCCUGGCCCUAGCUACCGGAUGAGUCGCCCUAGGGGCCGAGGCAUUGCCCCUGGUCCGAAGUCCUCUGAGCUGCUGGAGGCAGAAAACAAGGGGAGCAGGAGCGAUGCCGGCGGCCUGCCACAGAGGACCCGGCAACGCUAUGCAUUCCGUCGCCCCAACAACCGGCGACACCGCCCGCAGCAGCUGCCUGGCGCCCAUGGCCAGAACCCGGAAGGAGGAGAGGGCAAGAUCCCGAAGGGCCCAGCUGGAAAACCCGCUUGCGUUGCUAAGAAGAGCAGCACCUCAGAGGAGGAUGCCACAGUUGCAGAUGCCACGUCUGCUGCUCAGGCCCAAUGA